AGCUUCGGAAUUCCUCGCAACAGUACGAUCGAAGACCGCGAAGAAUUUAGUCUGUCAGUAAAGGAGCUCCGGCCGAUAUGUUGAAUCUGCUGAUCACUUUGCCACUGCAAUUCGCAUGCCAAUUAAUCGAUCCGAUCAAUUCCACCGCCGCAAAUCUAACGCUCGACCGAGUUACCACGUCCCCGGAACAACCGACUAUUCUGCCAGAGGGUUACACCGCGUUUCCGGACAUCGGACUCGCUUACAGAUUUCAAUUCGCUACCGUUACGUGGAACCAGGCGCGAAAACUUUGCAUAAGCGAGGGGGCUAAUUUGGCGGUUCUCGAUUCGACGAAAAAAAUCCAGCACGCUUUGACUGUGAAAAAAAGCGACGUGGCUCCGCACGUCGGCAUCCACAGAACGUUCGACAACGUCGAAUGGACCGACGUGAAGACCGGUAUGCCUUUGAGCAGUAUACCGUGGGCACCGGUACCGGAUCUGGGCAACGUUGGUUCCAACUGUGUGGCUCUAUUCCCUGACGGAAGAGGAGUUUGUGCUCGGAAAUGCGAUAUUCUGCGAAGUUACAUAUGCGAAAUUCCCUUGACCGAAAAUCACGGAAGCACGAAACUCGCAUCUGUCUCCCCUCUUUCAAACUCAUAGAUAAAAUGACGUAUAAGAGUGUACUGCGAUUCGAAAAAUAAAAGUAUCUCGUUUCAAAAAGUGGAAUCACCGAUCAGCGAUCCGCAUUCGAAGAAGAGAAUCUGAUAAGGAUUUCGGAAAUGUAAAUACUCUGUGGAUCCCACCGGGGGAAUCCGGUAGUUCUAAGUUAUCAGACAUACCGAUAAACAGACGUGAAUAGUCAGAGUUAUCUGCGGCGUGAAAUAUAAAGCGAAAACCAUCCGGAGUUUCAAUUACAAACAUCUACGCUAGUUUCCCGAGCGCACUUGAACUAAAAUUUCGAGGAUGUCUGGUCUGCUGGCUACGUUACCUAUACAUCUCGCGUGUCAGUUGAUUAGCCCUGGAUAUCACGGGGGCAUCAACGUGACUUUGGUCGAAGAUUCACACGUAGUCCAUGAAAUGGUCUCAUUACCAUCGGGGUACACCGCCUUCCCGGAGAUAGGAGUCGCCUACAAAUACUACAAAAAUAAACUGACGUGGAACGUAGCGAGGAAACAGUGUAUGUCGGAAGGUGCUUCGUUGGCGGUGAUAGAUUCCUUUCGAAAAAUAGAUUACGUAGCGAGUCUCAAAGAGAAAACUCUCGCCGUACACACGGGGAUUCACAGACUCUACGACAACACCGCCGAAUGGACCGACGUGAGAACCGGUCUGCCAAUGUUCUUCGUACCUUGGAACCCGACGGUGAACCCGACGCUGCGAUCGGCACUUUCGUGCACGGCAUUGUGGGCCGACGGUAGCGGAGUGGGCCCCUGGAACUGCGGAACCGUGUUGCCCGUGGUUUGCGAGAUACCGUUGUACGGGACGACAAGGAGCUCGGAUGCGUAAAUUCGUUCGGACACGGCUGACGCAUUAAUUUCCAAUUGAAUGUAAAUUAUCCAUAACCCAAACGGAUCCGUUCCAUUGACUAUGCUACAAGAAUAAAUAAUUGUUUCUUUCUUGUUAGAUCA